UCUGAUCAGACUCUUACACGUCAGGGUCCCAAUCCACCUUUUCCUGAAAACUAUCACACUUUGCCAAAGAAUACCAGGCAGCCUUCAGGGAGCUCGCCACCACUAACAAACCGCAAUUUGCCGAGUGACUACAAAUAUGCGCAAGACCGUGUUAGCCACUUGAAGAUGUCCCAGGAGGAAAGGAAAGCAAAUAAGGAUGGAACUGUUUGGCAGCUAUAGCAGAGACAGCAAUUUAAACAUGGCAGCCCCACUGCCCCACUUUAUGUAGGUUCUUCAGACUUUAUGGAUCGUGGUAAGUCAAAAAGUUCAUUAGAUGUUCCACGAUCAAUAUCCGUUCCGCCCUCUCCAUCUGAUAUUCCUCCACCUGGACCUCCAAAAAGCUUUCCCCCGAGGAGACCACAUACUCCUGCAGAAAGGCUUACAGUUAAACCAUCUGACGACAGACAGACCGUAGAUGUUCCUUUUGCUGGAUCACCCAGGAAGAUACGAAAUCAUGCUGUAAAGAGCUCAACUCACAUUGAUCGACGCUCUAUGCCUGCUAUGGGUUACAUGACGCAUACUGUGAGCGCACCCAGUUUGCAUGGCAAGUCGGCGGAUGACACUUAUAUCCAGUUGAAAAAGGAUUUGGAGUAUUUGGAUCUAAAGGUGACAGGGCGUGACACAUUAAAAGAACGAAGUACAAAACCUGUCAAGAUUGCAGAAAGUGAUAUUGAUGUCAAGCUAAGCAUUUUCUGUGAGCAAGACAGAAUUCUGCAGGACUUGGAGGACAAAAUAAGAGCCCUUAAGGAAAAUAAAGAUCAGCUGGAGUCUGUUUUGGAGGUUUUACACAGGCAGAUGGAACAGUACAAAGACCAACCACGACACACAGAAAAAAUUUCGUACCAGCAGAGGCUUUUGCAAGAGGAUCUCAUACAGAUUCGGGCUGAAAUAUCCAAAGUUUCAACGGAAAUGGAAAACGCCUGGAAUGAAUAUCUGAAAUUAGAAAAGGAUGUGAGCCAGCUGAAAAAAGCCUUACAGGAACAGAUGAAUAGUUCAUUGGUAUCUCAGGAGAAAACACAAAUACAAAAAGACUUGUGGAGAAUUGAAGAUGUUACAGCUGGCUUGAGUGCAAAUAAAACGAACUACAAAACCAUGGUAGACUCUAUCAAGAAUCCAGAGAGAAAAAUAGUGCCUUCAUUUUCUCAGUCCUCAGUGCCUUCCUUACCAGCUUCCCUCGCAACUGCAGAGAGCAAACUUUCAGUCCCGCAAAGCCCUCCACCCAGUCCAGUUAAAUCCUCUCUGGAGGUUAGGCUGUAUCCACAGCCUUAUUUCCAGGCCAGAACGCAGCACCAAGCACAGCAGCUGAAAAAAAUCGAGCCGCCUCUUCAGUCACCAAUUAAGCUAAAGCCAAAGGUUGAAGAUGAAGCACCGCCCAGACCUCCUCUCCCUCAGUUGUACAGUCCUGACGAUCAGCCACCAGCUGUUCCACCUCUCCCGAGAGAAGCCACUGUCAUCAGACACACAUCAGUGCGGGGCCUGAAACGUCAGUCAGAUGAAAGAAAGAGAGACAGAGAACUCGGACAGUAUGUUAAUGGAGAUUAUAGGGUGGAACUGCGUUCAUACGUGAGUGAACCAGAACUAGCAACGAUAGGUGGUGACCUUGGCCAACCUCCCAGUGGUUUAAUAAGCUCUGACAGUGGAUACCAGACAUUACCUACCCGUGGUUUAUCUGGAUCAACUUCCAGAUUGCACCAGUCAUCUACCAUUUCAUCAUAUGCAACACUUCGAAGGGAUAGGUCCAAGGAGAGACCAAAGAGUGCCUUGGAACGUUUAUACUCUGGAGACCACCAAAGAGGCAAGAUGAGUGCAGAGGAACAACUAGAAAGAAUGAAGCGACAUCAGAAGGCAUUAGUUCGUGAACGCAAGAGAACUCUUAGCCAAGGAGAAAGGCAGUCUGUUUCAUCUCGGUCUUUCAUCAGGCCCAUUUCUGCAGACAUAGGCUCAUGGAAACGAGAGCAAGAAUUUGAUUUGCAGUUACUUGAGAGGGCAAUACGUGGAGAAGACAAGGAUGAAAAUGAAUGGUUAAAAGUUCAGCCAGUAGCAGUGACAGAGACAGACCUGGAGCCUCAAGACUAUGAUUUAGAUAUCAGCAGAGAGUUGUCAAAACCUGAGAAGGUUGCAAUUCCAGAACGCUAUGUUGAACUGGAGCCGGAAGAGCCUCUUUCUACAGAAGAACUGGCAGCAAGGCAGCGUAAAGCAGAAAAGAUAAAGAAUAUUCUUACUAAAUCAAGUAUGCACAAUCUACAGCCUACUGUUGCCCAGGACAAGCACAACUCAGUUGAUUUAGAUUCACAGCUGCAAGAGCAGGAGCGCAUCAUUACCAUAUCAUACGCUUUGGCUUCUGAAGCCUCUCAGAGGAGCAAGGAGGUAGCAG